AGGAAACCAGGAGAGCGGAGCUCUGUCCUCUAUUCUGCUGGACAGUUUUUCUUCGAGUACCUGGUGGUGGUGUCGCUGAAGAAGAUGUCAGAUGGACGUUACCAACCCCAGAUAACCUACCAAUUCCCAAAGCGUGAGAACUUGCUGAAGGGCCAGAAGGAGGAGGAGGAACGUCUCCUGAAAGCCAUCCCCCUCUUCUGCUUCCCCGACGGCAACAACUGGGCACCCGUCUCUGAGUUCACCAGCGAAACCUUUUCUUUCGUCCUGACCAACGUGGAUGGCAGCAGGAAGAUCGGCUACUGCAGGCGGCUGCUGCCAUCCGGCCGUGGUGUCCGCCUCCCUGAGGUCUUCUGCAUCAUCAGCUGCCUGGGCUGCUUCGGGCUCUUCUCCAAGAUCCUGGACGAGGUGGAGAAGAGGCACCAGAUCUCUGCAGCCGUGAUCUACCCCUUCAUGCAGGGCCUGCGGGAAUCGCCCUUCCCAGCUCCAGGGAAAACCGUCACCAUUAAAAGCUUCAUCCCUGAGUCAGGCACAGAGCUCAUCGAGCUCACGCGGCCCGUAGACGCCCACCUGGAGCACGUGGAGUUUCAGGCUCUGCUCCAGCGGCUCAGCCCCCACCUCAUCCUGCACAUCUUCGCCUCCGCCGUGUUGGAGCGACGGCUCAUUUUCCUGGCGGAGGAGCUGAGUGUCCUGUCGCAGUGCAUCCAUGCCGUGGCUGCUCUCCUCUACCCCUUCACCUGGGCUCACACCUACAUCCCUGUGGUCCCCGAGUGCCUGCUCGACACUGUAUGCUGCCCCACGCCCUUCAUGGUCGGCAUCCAGAUGCGCUACCUGGAGCGGGUCCUGGACCAGCCGAUGGAGGAGGCUCUGAUAGUUGACCUCUGCGAAGGGAAGAUGAUCCGGAGGGUUGGCGAUGAGGAAGACAUCCUGCCCAUCAAGCUGCAGAAUGAGAUGCUGAUGUCCCUGAACAGGCACAACAACAACAACAACAUACACACAUCCGAGCAGGUGAACGCGCUCGUCUCCGAAGCCUUCGUGCACUUCUUCGUCCGACUGGUUGGCCAUUACGCCUCGCACAUCAAGUGGAGUAAAACCGGCUCAGGCACCUUCCAGGAGCGAGCCUUCUGCAAAGCCAUCGCCUCCAAGACCAACCGCAAGUUUGUGAAGAAGUUUGUGAAGACAAACAUGUUUUCCCUAUUUAUUGAGGAAGCGGAGAAGAGCAGGAUCCCACAAGAAGCAUAUUUCCAGCAGAAAAUAACAGAGUACCACGAACAGAAGAAGCACCGAAGGGACUCCUGA